CUGCCCUUGUCAACAAAAGAAUGCGGAUUCUUGUAUUUUACUAAACAAAAGAUAAAACUUUGUCAUGAAUUACAUAGAAAAAUUUAUUAAAAGUAGUUUUAGUAUUGAUAAAAAUGUUGUAACAGAUUGUUUUCUGCACUAUGAUAAGAAUAGAGAUGGCUUUCUAGAUGCACAUGAGUUUGAAGUUUUUCUUAAUGACACGUUUAGCGAUUCUGGUGGGACAAAUAAUAUUCAGUAUGAAAUGGCAGCAGCAAUUUUGAAACAACUUGAUGAAGACCAGGACAAUAAAUUGAGCAAGUCAGAAUUCUACAAAUCUUGGAGAUAUUGGUUGAAAUAUGUAUUGAAUCCAGUAACUGCCUUGUUGGUGAUUGAUGUUCAGAAUGAUUUUAUCAAUGGAAGUCUCGCUCUGAAUGGAUACCCUGCAGGUCAUGACGGUUAUGAUGUCAUUCCAGUGAUCAACAAGAUGCUGGGUGAAAUUCCGUUCGAUGUUGUUAUGUACUCAAAGGACUGGCACCCUCCUAACCACAUAUCUUUUGGAGAAAAUGUCAAACUGAGACCCUUACACGAAACAUCAAAGGUAUCCAGUGAUGAUGCCAAAGUAGGAGACACAGUAGUUUUUAGAGGACCACCUAUCACAGAACAAUGUUUGUGGCCUACUCACUGUGUUCAGAACUCAAAGGGAGCCGAAAUUCAUUGUGAUCUUAAGAUUGUCGAAGGAUCAUAUGUGGUAAAUAAAGGAACCAACCCAGAAGUGGACAGCUACUCGGCAUUCUGGGAUAACAACAAAUUAUCACAAACAGAACUAGUCAACUUGCUUUCCAAACACCAUGUCACUGAUGUUUAUGUUUGUGGUUUGGCAUAUGAUGUGUGUGUUGGUUUUACAGCACUCCACUCAGUUGAGCAUGGUUUCCGUACAGUGUUCAUAGAAGACGCUUGUCGUGGUGUCACACAGGAAGGGAUGGAAAAAAUGUCUGAUAAUCUCAAAGGGAAUGGAAUUGUCAUAGCUCAGUCAAAUGAGGUUAAAAACCUUGUAGAAGCAAGACACCGCAAUCUACAGCUUGGCCUGCAGGCAGCCAAGAACAUGGCACUGGGCAGAGAAAUGGCACAAUCUCGUCCUUCUGUGAUCUGACGUAACAGUCAUAUGUUACUGUGAUAGCUUAAAAUAUAUACAUGUAUAUGGAAGUUAUUGUAAUCGCUUUAUAUAUUUAUGAAAGUUAAUUUGAUUGUUUUAUAUUUUUUAUUUAACAAUCACCCAGAAUUCCACAAUUAUUAUCUUAAUUAUGAUGCUUGUGAAGUAAAUGGCAGUCAUACAGAAUUCUGAUAUGCUUUGCACUUGUCAAAAAGGCAGUCAUGAAUCAUUAUCCACAAUUCUGAUUUCUCAUAAAAUGUUUCUCAACACAUUAAAAAGUGAUCAGCCAGGGGCCCAUUUCACAAAACAUUGUAAGUUUACGUCUGCAACUAGCAGUUAUACUGGCCAUAUGUUUACACAUCUUUGUCAUCUAUUUCACAAAACAUUGUAAGUUUACGUCUGCAACUAGCAGUUAUACUGGCCAUAUGUUUACACAUCUUUGUCAUCUAUUUCACACAGAAAAUUACAUCAUUGUGGAAGAUGGAGCAUUUUAAGGACAAAAGAAGAUGAAAUAUAUGUACUUCAAACUAUAUUAGUGUUCUUUUAGUGGUAAUAAGAAUUGUGGUUUAGUCGUAGAUUUACGGUUACUUGCAAAACGUGGCUUACAAUGCUUUGUGAAAUCGGGCCCUGAAUUCUAAAUAGUUUGAGUUUGCCAUGUUUUGUUAACAUUUUAAACUAUGACUAUUUGGUUAUUUUGAAAUUUGGGCCCCAAGAUUGAAAGGAAACCCACCGACACUCAUAGGCUACUUCUGCCCAACAGUGGCCAGGAAUCUUGUAGGUGCUCUAUUCCACAGACCAAAAGUACAUGUAUACAUACUGACAACAACCUGUGAUAUAUCAUGUGCAUGUCAUUUGUUGGUACUGGGAAUAAACAUAACUGUUAAAGCAGCUUGAAUAGAUCAGUUAUAUGAUCUCUUAAACCUCAGGUGUUUAGUACAGUCUCCAAUAUGUGGGGUGGCAGUACAAAAAAUAAAUUGGAGCCACAGAUAUACACUGUCUUCUUUAGGAAAACAAAAAGGGCUAGUUUUUUUGGUGUAUUAGUAUUUUGGUAUAUUGAUAAUACAGGCCCAGAACAGCACGUUUGAAUCGUAUUCAAUUCAUCUUCAUGCCCUGGACCCAGUCACUGGUGAAGUCGGAGGCUGUGCCCAGGGUGGACAUGCUUGACUCUUGAGUGGGAUUUGAAAAUAUCUUAAUCAAAAUGAGGCCAGUUUUACGUUUGUACAGAAAUGAGCAGACCGUGUUUGCCAUGACUUAAUUAGUUAGAUAAUUAGACUGAAAUGACAGAGUAGAAACUGUAUUACCCGUAUAUAUAUGUUUGCCAUGACUUAAUUAGUUAAAUAACUAGACUGAAAUGACAAGAGUAGAAACUGUAUUACCCAUAUAUAUGUAUAUGAAUCUUAAAUGAUGUAUAUUUUUAUAUUCUGGAAGUAAAAAUGUGACCUGUAAUAGGAACCUGCUGUUUAUUUUCUACUUGACCUGACCUCAAAAAAUGACAUAUUCCCCUAUGUUAGCAGUCUGGUCCUGUAUGACCUUUAAUAGGAUUUUGCUAAUUUUUUAAUUUGAAAAUACAUUAAGAUUAAGACCCUUGCCUUAAUUGUUGUGAUUUAAGUUUUUUCUGUGAUUUGCAGUCAGCCUACUAUGUCACCCCCCCCCCCCCCC